CUCAAACUACAAGUAUGAUCGUUUGGUUGACCAAUUGAAGCAUAUGCCAGCCAAUGAAAAAAAGAUUCAUUGUCUAGUUCAAUUUAAAUAAAUUGUUUACUUCAUUUUACAUUAACUCUGUUUUGUAUAAAGAUGAUCUUUGUGACAAUUAAAUUGAAAAUAUGGGAAACGAAAAAAACACCAGUGAAGUAAAAUUAAGUCUAGGCGAUUGUCAGGGACAGUCUAGAGACAAUGAUACAACUGUUUCAUCAAAAUUUGAAGAGUCUUCAAUCGAGUUACAUUGGUCUUUUAAUAUUCUCAUCUAUUACAAAUAUUUUACGACCAAAUAUCGUUACCAAAUUUUAUUUGUCCUUUCAUUGUUUAAAUUUGGUGUCUGGCUUCACAAGUUAUAUGAAGAUGUUGGUCAGGCCAUUGAAUAUAGCAAUGAUGCUGAUACGGCUUACUUCAUUAUCUCCGUCUUAAUGUUAAUCUUACCUACUUUGAUGUGUUUAAUCUACAUGAUUUUGACUAAAUUAAUCGACAUUCGAUGUCAACCCAGCCAGAAAGACAUUAUUGUGGCCCUGAUCAAUGGUUUACUGCUAGUGCCUUGGCAGGUCAAACAGUGUCUUGAUACUCUUCACUAUUCAGCUCAACGGAUUUGUGACCGUGUAUGGUCAGUUUAUGAUGCCAAGGUAGUCUUCUCGAUGGGCGUUGAUUGUGAUUUACUGGAAUUCUUUGAAGACAUGUUUUCUGGUUUCCUCGGUAUUUGCCUUCAACUGUAUAUUAUUCUGGUAAACUGGGGAUGGACCGGUGAAGAAAUGCAAGAUACAAAACUAGUGACUGGCGAAUUGAUUGGCUCAAUUUUGAGCUUACUUUCAAUGUUGGAGGCAAUAAGGCGCCGUGAUGAUAGGUUUUUAUCAUCUUUGUACGUUCGCCUUGGAUGGAUAUCCAUGUUUAUGAGUCGUGCUCUUGCUAUUUGUUUAGCAACUACUAUAAUCAAAUCUUGGAUAAUUGUCAUCAUCUUUGCUCAUGCCAUUGCCAUCAAUUCUUGGGUCUUUUACAUUGCUCGACAGUCUUAUAUCGAUGUUAUCCUUAAUGAUCUUGAAGCUAUUCUUGACUGGAAGAUAGCUUUUGGACGAGGACGAUUGCUUCUCUGGUUAUUAUCUUUUGUCAUUUAUGGUUUACCUUCAAUCAUUUAUUGGCCUUUAAUGUUUCAAAUGAAAGACGCUGGACGGACACAACUAUUUUUGGUCAUAAUCUUGAUUGAAAACGUUUGCUUUGGUGCAAUCUGGACAGUUGGAGUUUGCAGUUAUCAAAUCACAACCAUUAGUUUCAAUCAUCUUGUUUAUGUCAAUUUAACUCUUCUCAUUAUGACUUUGUUCUCGAUAUUUUGGUUACUUCGUUAUCUUCAUCAUAAACCUUAUAAUGUAGAUAAAAAAGUGCUCAUGAAAAUUUUAAAUGAAGAAGGAGAGACUCAAGAAGAAGUUGCUCUUGAUUAUGGUGUUAGUUACAUUUUUUAUUCCAAAGUCUUCGCUUUGCCCACUUUCAACCAGCUUUUGACAUCAAUUCCACCCUAUUGCGAUGAAGAUCGACUCUUGUUCAGCUUAAUUGGUGAUUCUGAAGAAGAAGGAAAGGAAAAUGAAGGUUUUUCAAGCGAUUCUUCUGAUGAUCAAUCUGAUUGUGAUAAAGCCAAUGAUAUUCCCAACAAUUCUAUCAAAGCAGAAAAACAGUUUGAAAUUCCUGUGAUUAACAUUAUAACCUGUCCAUCACUUUCAUCAUUAUCAACAAUAUCAAACGAUAAACUUUCUGAUUGUGGUGAAUAAGCUUACUACAUGUAUUUCGUUUACCUGGAAAUAUAUUGGACUGUGUUGUAAAUUAUUUUUAAUUUCACUCAUUAAAUCUAGUCCUUGUUACAUAAUUUAUCUAUUCA